AUGCGCCUGCCAGCUGCGGCCAGCGGUCGGCGCGCCCCGAGCCGGCGGCCGGAGGCCGGACCCGGAUCCCGGAACCGCGAGCCGCCCCGCCCCUGGCCCGCCCCAGGCCCGCCCCACCUGCGCACCGCCCCUUCCCGGCGGCAGCCAAUGCUGCACCCCCACCUGAAUGGGCCCCCACGUGGGCGGACUUGGGCUUCCUYCUCCGGCUGGGGUGCAUUUGGGCACGUGAGUGUGGCACACCUCCUUUUGGAUCACGGGGCUGAUGUCAAUGCCCAGAACCGGCUGGGGGCCAGUGUGCUCACUGUGGCAUCUCGGGGUGGCCACCUGGGUGUGGUGAAGCUGCUGCUGGAAGCUGGUGCUUUUGUGGACCAUCCCGGCCGCUCUGGGGAGCAGCCGGGAAUGGGAGGUGGCAGGGAUGAGCUGCUGGACAUUACAGCCCUGAUGGCCGCCAUCCAGCACGGGCAUGAGGCUGUGGCGCGUCUGCUGAUGGAAUGGGGUGCGGAUCCCAACCAUGCAGCGCGGACUGUGGGCUGGAGCCCGCUGAUGCUGGCAGCACUCACCGGGAGGCUCGGCAUGGCCCAGCAGCUGGUGGAGAAGGGAGCCAACCCCGACCACCUCAGCGUACUGGAGAAGACCGCCUUCGAGGUAGCACUUGACCGCAAGCACAGAGACCUUGCAGACUACCUGGACCCGAUGACCACAGUCAGGCCCAAAACAGAUGAAGAGAAAAGGCGACCAGAUAUUUUCCAUGCAUUGAAAAUGGGAAACUUCCAGCUGGUCAAGGAGAUUGCUGACGAAGACCCCAACCACGUGAACCUGGUCAAUGGGGACGGGGCGACCCCACUGAUGCUGGCAGCCGUCACGGGGCAGCUGCCGCUGGUGCAGCUGCUGGUGGAGAGGCAUGCGGACGUUGACAAGCAGGACAGCGUGCACGGCUGGACGGCCCUCAUGCAGGCCACCUACCAUGGGAACAAGGAAAUUGUCAAAUAUCUGCUAAACCAAGGGGCUGAUGUCACUCUUCGGGCAAAAAACGGGUACACGGCCUUUGACCUAGUGAUGCUGCUGAAUGAUCCCGACACGGAACUUGUUCGACUGCUGGCAUCUGUCUGCAUGCAGGUGAAUAAGGACAGGGGCCGGCACAGCCGCCCGCCCCCGCUCGCCUCGAAGGUCAGACAGCCCUGCAGCCUCCCCGUGCUGCCCGACGACAAGGGUGGGCUCAAGUCCUGGUGGAACCGAAUGUCCAAUCGGUUCCGCAAGCUCAAGCUGAUGCAGACGCUGCCCCGUGGGCUGUCCAGCAACCAGCCCCUGCCUUUCUGUGAUGAGCCCGAGCCAGCCCUGGACUCCACCAUGAGGGCAGCCCCCCAGGACAGGACAAGCCGCCURGGGCUCCCUGAUGCAGCCCCUGUGACCAAAGACAGUGGUCCCGGGAGCACAAGAGGAGAAAAGGAGGAUGCAUUAUUGACCACCAUGCUGCGAAACGGAGCCCCCUUCACCAGACUCCCGAGUGACAAGCUGAAGGCCGUCAUCCCCCCCUUCCUGCCCCCUUCCAGCUUUGAGCUGUGGAGCUCUGACCGGUCCCGGACGUGUCCCCACGGGAAGGCGGACCCCGCCAAGACUGUGCUGCCCCAGAGAGCCAGCAGGGGCCACCCUGGGGGCAGCGGGGGCACUGACACGACUCCCGUCCGGCCAGUUAAAUUUCCCAGUCUCUCCAGAAGCCCAGCCUCUCCUGCCAGUUCUGGAAACUUCAACCACUCGCCUCAUUCCUCAGGCGGCUCCAGUGGGGUCGGGGGCAUGAGCCGGCACGGCGGGGAGCUCCACAGCCGCUCAGGUGGCAGCGUGGAUAGCGUCUUGUCCCAGAUCGCUGCCCAGAGGAAGAAAGCAGCCGGCUUGUCGGAGCAGAAGCCCAGCCAGCRGUCCAGCCCUGUGGGGCCAGCACCRGGGUCCGGCCCGUCCAGCCCRUCCGAGCGUCCYGUCUCUCCUGCGGGCACCGCCGUUCCCAGCAGCAAGAAAUUGGACACCAGCCCAAGGCCGGCCUCUGGAACCAGCUCGACCUCCAAAAGCACCUCCCCGACCCUCACGCCCUCCCCUUCACCCAAAGGGCACGCUGCGGAGUCCUCUGUGUCGUCCUCCUCCUCCCAGAGGCAGUCCAAGAGCAGCGGGGGCUCCAGCAGUGGCACCAUCACAGACGAGGAUGAACUGACUGGAAUCCUUAAGAAACUGUCACUUGAGAAAUACCAGCCUAUUUUUGAAGAACAGGAGGUGGACAUGGAAGCGUUCCUCACGCUCACCGAYGGCGACCUGCAGGAGCUCGGCAUUAAGACAGAUGGAUCCCGGCARCAGAUUUUGGCAGCCAUCUCUGAGCUGAAUGCAGGCAAGGGACGCGAGAGGCAGAUCUUGCAGGAGACCAUUCACAACUUCCACUCUUCCUUUGAGAGCAGCGCCAGCAACACCAGGGCCCCCGGCAGCAGCCCCUCCGUAGCUGGGUGGGUGAGACCAGAGGAAGCAACCUCCAGCAAGAGGUAGCAGCAGCUUUGAUGGCUCUGCUGGCAUCAGAGCCCCAAGGAGUGGAGAGUUGUCCGGUGGAUCCCUGCCCUCCGGCUGGUGCCUAUGUCACUGGGAUUCCUGGCAAGGUGGACAGAAAGAAGGAAGGCUGGCCCAGUCAUCGGAGCCGAUCCAGCAGGCAGAGAGGGAACCUCAUGAUUGCUCCUGCYGUAGAGACACCUGAAGACAUGGUGUAGGCCGGGCCCACAGCUGGACGGCUGUGGACAUCCACCCUGAGCUGUGCACCCAAGUAAGCGCCACCUGAGGGGCCCUUCCUGAAAAGACUCUGCAGGCCAGAUGAAGGUGACAUCUGCAGAAGGUGGAGCAGCCUCCCGUGGCCACCCUUGUGCAUUCGAAGCAAGUUAAUCGUAUCUUAUUAACCCGCGGGUCCUGCUCGACCUGUAAAGAGACCUGGUGYUUCCCUAAUAAAGUUGACA